UCUUCUUAACAAACGCGUUGAACAUCUUUGCAUAACAUCCAGGAGCUCGAUUUGUUUGCAAAUUAAAUCAAUUAAAAUGUCAAAAGCAGCCGGUAAACUAAAAUCACUCAAAAAGACAGUAGAUCGUGUGACGCACACGACCAAACUGAAAACAAAUAUACCCGCCGGCAUGGCAGCAGCAGGCCCGCCAUUGGGUCCCAUGCUGGGUCAGCGUGCAAUCAACAUUGCUGCCUUUUGCAAGGACUUCAACACGAAAACAGCCGAAAUGAAGGAGGGCGUGCCACUACCGUGUCGCAUCUCAAUGAACAGUGAUCGCAGCUACGAUUUGGUCAUACAUCAUCCUCCAGCGACUUUUUUCCUUAAACAAGCAGCGGGCAUCCAGCGGGGCACGAUGACACCUGGUCGUGAGGUUGCCGGUAUGAUUACCCUAAAGCAUUUGUAUGAAAUUGCGGAAAUCAAAAUACAAGAUCCACCAAAUGCGCUCAUUACGAUGCAGCAAAUGUGCGAGAUGCUCAUUGGCAUUGCCCGAACUUGCGGCAUCAAGGUGGUGCGACACCUUGACUCCACGGAAUAUGCUCAGUUCCUCGAGGAACGCAAAGUUAUUGUCGAAGACCAGCGGCGAGAGCUACAGGAAAAACGUGAGGCUAAGAUGUUGCGAACGGGUUAAAUACACAAAAUGUAAAACACAAUUUUAAUAGUUAAUAUACAUUUAUAA